AUGGAGGAGGAUGAAGAGGAAGAGGAAGAGGAGGUUGCACAGGGCUUAGACGAGUCUGUUAUAAAAGCUAUUCCGUCUUUCAUCUACACCACCGCAAAGUCUGAACAAGAAGAAGAAUUUCGUGCUGAGUGUGCAGUUUGCUUGGAGGAGUUCCAAGAUAAUAAUCACAUCCGUACCCUCCCUAUUUGCUCUCACACUUUCCAUCUCAAUUGCAUUGACGUUUGGCUCCGUUCAAACGCUAGCUGUCCUGUAUGUCGCUCCUGUCUUGUUGAGGAGGACUAUCUGACCAAAUGCUCUAAUGCAUCUAGUUCCCAGCGGACCUUGUCGUUGGAGAGAAUGGUCGUCAUCGACAUCCCUGCCACCACAUCACCAUCGUAG